AUGUUGUUUAAUUUGUACGGCUAUGUUGAGGCAAGUCUCAAAUACAUCCUGGUCUUCAAAAAUGAACAAGAUAAAGAUUUUUUGAUCGUUGAAAACCCGGCAGAUAUAGGAAUGUCUGGCUUGUUGAGAAUACAUGAAGAAAAGAAAACGAUGCAAUCAUUACCGCAUGAGAUCAAAAGCACACGUUUCCUUGGUAGAGAUAUGAUCAAUAAACGUUUUGACUACGAUGAUAAGUACCAUUAUAGUCACAUUGCUGGUAUCAAAAGGAUCAGCUAUGGGACAUACCAUGAUGUGAUUAAAGAAAACCCAGACAUCGAGUUUGAAGUUAUUAAUGUAAUAAUAUCCAUUUUAUCGUAUCAAAAAAUUAUGAAAUUGUCGCAAAAGAGUGGUUAUAACGAAGAUGUACCUACCUUUGAUACAGAUGAAAUUUGUGCACUCGUGGAGAGUUUAUCAUUCUUUGAUGAAUAUAGGAGAGGAGCGAUUGCGUGUGCAGUGUGCAUGCAUUUGUUGAAUAAUCCCGAGCUGCUCCAGGAAAUGAAAAACUACAAUCACGAUCCUAAUAACGGCCAGUAUAACAAGUCAACUAUGCUUCUCUCCAAAUAUAUAUUCGGAUCAAGUGACAUUGCGACACAACUUAGAAAAUCGAUCAAGUCAUAUGUUGUAUUUAUGCUAAAGGAUGGAAAUGGAAAUCGAGCAGAAAUAUAUGGGAAAUCGAAAGUUCGUGGUUACUAUUAUCGGACCAUUGAUUCACACAAGUUUACAUUAGCAUUCUUGUUUGAUAAGCUAAAUAUAUACUACAAGAUGUUAUUAAAUAACAAGGAAAUUUUAGAUGGUGAAUUUAAUGAUAUUAAUAGUGAUUCAUCAUAUACUGUAAGUAUAUACGACUUGAAAUCAAGUUUUGAUCACAAAAAUGAGACACUCAUGCGUACUCUAGAGGCAGUUACAACCAGCAAAUUUCUCACAGGAACAAAUGUGGAUAGCUUAACUUUGAAAUUUCAUGGUAUCCGCACUAAUGUUGAUUUAUCAUGUCUUAAUAACAUAAAAGCUCCAGUAACUGUAAUAUCCAAAUAUUGUUCAGAUGAUCUUAUACAAUCAAUACCAGAACAUGUUAAAGUUGCUAUUUUUAUCACAGAAAACAUACUGGAUGAUGCAUUUAAUAACAUUGUUAAAAAUGUUGUGAAAUUUGAAUUUCUAUCAUUGGAGAUCCGUGAAAAUAUAGUGUUUCCUGAUCAUAUAGAAAGCAUUGAAAUUUUUAGCUGUAAUGCUCAUAAAGACGUGACACUGAUGAUUAACGAAAAAUGUGAGCAUGUUAGCAUAAUUUACACCAUAGUAAAGGUUAUGUUACCAGGUAUUAUGGAAUGUGAUCUGAGGCCAGGUAUAACGCCGAGAAACCCAUGCUUUAAAUACAGAAUGAAAAAAAAGAUGAAAAGGGAUGGCUUGUAUUACGAAGUGCCGACAUUAAUAGUACAGUAA